AUGCUCGACAUCCCCGAUGAGCAGAGCGCGCUGCAAAUAAAGUUCCUAAAGGCGCUUGACUUGUUCUGCAUUUUUAAGUUUAUCAUAACCAAUGACGUAAAGAUACACGAGAGGGAGACGUACGACCUGCUGAAAAGCAUCCUCAACUCGUACUCCCGCAUCAAUAUUAAAAAUCCGUCUAGGAAAAUAUUUUCCGAAGGGGAAAAGAUAUACAAGAAGUACUUUUGCAAUAAUGGGGAGGAGACGAGCACAUCUGCCUGUGCGGGUUGUGAAGCGAAACUCGCGCCAGACUCGGAAAACGCUCAGCAAAAUGGCCCCACUGCACAGAACAGUAACACAUACGAAGGGAUAAACAACUACGGGGAAAUCUUCACGAAUGACUCCCUCUUCUCGAAACACCUAAGUAACAAGCAAAUAUUUCAAUUCUUUAAAUUCCCGAAAAGUAAAAAAGUGGGAGACUACGUGAACAAGUGCUGCGUGGACGAACUCAUAAACGAGCCAUUAAACAUAAAUGUAGGAUUCGUAAAAUUUGACCAGAAAAAAGGACGCAAAAAAAAGAGGAAGAGACCCAAAAAAGGGACAGUUAACAUUCCUACAAAUUUGUGUAAAUAUAGCAGCGACUCAGGGAUACAUAAUUCUCGCUUGAAGAACUCUUGUAGUUGUUUCUACGAAUCAAAGGAAAACUCCAAAAUUUUUACAAAUAAUUUUAAAAAAGUGAUCAAUGAAGCGGAUCUAUCCGUCUCCGAUUCGUCUGAACUAUUUACCAAUUUGAAAAACCCAUUUGUUAAAGGUCCAGCCAGUAGGUGCUUCGGCUUGAACAACCCCAACUGCAGCAACUCUGAGGAUGAAUCCGAUUAUAACUACUACAGUGAGAAUACCAAUAGGGAAGACGCGGGCAAGGCACCCCACAAGAACAAAAACUUCAAAUUACGCAAUCAGUACUUGUCGGUCAAGUUAUCCCUGUACAACUCACGCCUGUGUAAUAACGGGGGGAAGGCAUCCCCUGGGGGUGCAACGGACAGUGGAGUCUCCAACACGGAAAACGCCGUCAAGCUGGUCAACCACCCGAACUACCAUAGCCACGCUAACAGUGCAAACGGUGCAAUGCAUGGAAACACUGCAAUCCAUGCAAACCGUGCGAACCACUUUUACGACGAGACCUCCAUGUGCUUCAAUCACUUCUACGAAAUACACAACAUCCUCAACCGAGAUCCCAACGGGCUACGCAAAAUAAAAAUCAUGAUAAAAAAAGACAUAGGAACAAUCAGCAUAUCCCCAUUCUACGUAAACUUCGACUGGACCAGAAUAUUUAAAAAAGUCUGCACAGCAUUUAACUUCACCAGCUUUAAUUACAAAAAUCAAGGAAUCUACCAGAUUAUAAACUCCUGUUUCACUACGCCAGAAUCGAGGGAAAUUUUAAAACACAUUUUCCUCGACGACCUUUAUGAGCAGCAAGAAAUAUUUGACAACGAAAUGAAUGGCAAAAAAAAUGCCAAGAAAAAGUAUUUGCUCAAGAUGAAGAAUAAAGAGCAUGUUUUAGAAAUUCUGGACGAUGAGAAGAGAAUUAACGUCCUGUAUUUUAUCAAUCGCUUUCUAUAUUCGCAGAAGACGCCGCUCUCCAAUUUGUUUGCAAGUCAUUGCGUGGAGAGAGGCGGUAAUUCCGGGGAGGACGCGAGCUCGGAGAGGUUUAUCCGGUUGAGUGAGUCGGCCCAUCCGUCCCCACCGUUGCAGGCCAGCCCCUCCUGCGCACCCGAUGAAGAUCCCCCCUUCGACGAGCUCACCAUCGAUUACCUACUCUUCCUAAUGAUCUUCGAAAAAAAAAUUGACGAGAAAUUUCACAAAUACUUGCUGCACAAAAUUGACUCGUGCAGAGAUUACUUAACAGAUGAGGGGCACGAUAAGACUGCCUCCAUCGUAUCAUCCUUCGAUUCGCAAGCUAACUGCAAUGCCUCUCAUAACAAGGUCAGGAAGGUUGAAUGUAGUUCCUUCCACCUGGAUGAGCAGGUAGAAACAAAGCAGGUGAAGGAAACCGAUUCAUCUGAUGCUAGGAAAAGUCGCCUUGAGGAGUUUAAACAGGGGGAAACAUCUUCUGGAACGUUUGGAGUAAGCCCCAUUGUUCAGAAUGGUGACCUUGCGGGAGGCGAUAAAAUGGAAGCUGCUUUACCUUCGGGGGAGAGGAACCCCUCAUCCAACGUCAACGGGGAGUUAACUUCCGUGGGCUCGUUUACGUCCCUCACGUCAUUCACGUCCUUCGGGACACAGGCCACCAUAAUUACGCAGGAUAGUAUCUCCACGCAGAGUCCCACCUCAACGAACGCCACCGUCUGUCGGCAGGACACCCUUACGUCGAACAAUGCCAAUACACAAACCACAAAUGGAAUCCAAGAGGAAGCCAUAACUGCAUCACCCCCCUCAAACGUAGCAUAUAUCCAAUCGGAGUGGAAAGAAUGCCAAGACAAAACGAAAGUUAUAGAAAAAACGAAUGAAGAGGUGAAUGGUUGUACGAAAGGUGCCACAACUGAUGGCUACAAAGAAAUGGAAAACGGUAUCAAAAACUAUGAACAAAAUUAUUUCGAACAGUUAAAAAAAACAGACCUCCCACCUGACGUAGAAUCCAAAUAUAAUAGCAAAGCAAAAUACGCGUCGGAAGUGCAAAACGAGGUAACCCUGCUCAAGUGCAUAAGACCCUUCCCAACAGUCUACUGGCUAAUAAACAAAAACAUGUGUGGUUACAUUUCCCACUUGGAAAAAAUGAACAUAAUAAAAAAUAUAGAAUUCUUCGUAAAUUGUAAAAAGGAAGAAUUUCGCCUGCUCAGAUAUUACCUCAUCUAUGACCAUCUAAAAUAUAUAACAAUUCGUUUGAGACAUAUCCACAAGAGGAUUUUGCGCUUCUUUUACGACAUAUUUUUAAAUAGCCUUAAUUUUAAGAAACAGUUCACACAGGAUCAGAACAACCAUUGUAUGUCCUCCAUUUACGCAAAUUCAUUUGAUUUCUCUCCUCAUGUUUUAAGUAAAUUAAUACAUACAUAUCAGAUUGACUCCCAAGUGGUGAACGAAAUCCUUCGGAAGAUUAACACUCUACGGGUUAAAGGAAUUGGAGGCAUUUCAAACUUCCUAACCGUUAAGUGUAUACACCUUUAUUUUGCUUCUCAUUUGUCCUAUCCAAAUACCAUUGGAUAUAUUUUGGAGGAAAUUUUCAAGUCCUGA